CUUCGACGUCCAUCGGUUUUCUGUUCCAUUUCAGGUCAAACGGCUUUGAACACCGGAUUCAGGGGACAUCAAAUAAUUUAAUUGAACUAUCUGUCACGACAAUCGCACCUGUCACGCAAUAAUGGCUGCAACGCGAACUUCGUCCCGCCAGGCCGCCCAGAAGGCUAAGGAAGCGAUUACAAGCAGUGCGGAGCCUAGAGGUCAAGGAACUACUGGAACCAAGCGCAAGGGAGCUACCGAAAAAUUCCCAGAACCAAAGAAGGGAAAGAAGGACGACCAAGAGCCGAAGAAGGAACCGGAAGAGAGCAAAGAAGUAGACCAGAGAGCGAAGGAGGAACCUCCUAAGUCAUCUCAUGACAAAGACAAGGUAAAGGAAGAAGAUAAGACAGCGGGGGAGGAGAAGGCAGAGAAGGAAAAGGAGAAGAAGGAUGAAGAACCAAGCAAGGCUGGUGCAGGUAGGGUCCAUAUAAUCCAGCAUUUUGCACACAACAUUGAGGCUAACCUAUCGCAUUUAGAGGCCGAUGGAAAGCCCGCUAUAGAAGACGAGAAGCCAUCCGAUGAUAUUGAAGCCGGAGUCAGGAAAUCGCAAGAGAGAGAAGACAUCGUGCCAUCAAACAUACUCGAAAAAGGCAUCAUUUACUUCUUCUAUCGCCCGCGCGUCAAUGUUGAAGAACCACAUAGCAUGAAAGAAGUUGCCCGAAGUUUCGUUGUCCUACGCCCAACACCAAUAGGAGCGACAAUCGAUGAGAAGCAAGGCUCGCUUGAACCUGGUGCGAGUUGUCGCUUGAUCAUCCUUCCCAAGAAGAAGUUUCCAACAUCAGCUAGAGAACGGGAUAUGGCAUUCGUGGAGAAAAGCGGCCAGUCCAUGAAAGAGCUGAAGGAAAGUUUCAUCUCUGGGGGCAAGUACGAAACCUCGACACGAGGCGAACGCACAGUUGAAGAAGCCAGGCCAUAUGCUGAAGGGGUAUAUGCCAUCACUUCAACGAAGCGGGCCUCACAUCUUGCGUACAUCAUUACUAUUCCCGAUGAACUUGGCUCGGUGCAAGAGGAUUUCGGUCUUCGUGGACGCGGUAGCUGGAUCGUGCAGGCCAAGAACCCUAAAUAUCCUGGUCCAGCUACUGCGCAGCUUCCCAAGAACCCAGAGUAUCCUGAGGAAAUCCACGAGAAAUUUGCUGAUUACCGAUGGGUGCCACUGGAACCAGUAUUCAUCAACUAUUCCAACGCGCAGAUCCUCAUGAUCGGUGAAGCGCAAAAUGAACUUGGAAAGGCUGCUAUUGCGGAGCCUGAUGGCAAGAAAGAGGAGCAAGAGCAACCGGGCGAGGAACUGGAGAAGCUCGAGCAUGAGAAUGAGGAGCGAAUUGAAGCUCUGCAGGGUAAGUUACUUCAACUUAGUGAUCUCACACGCAUGAUCACUUACUGAUUUCAAUAGGCGAUGCCACUGUGUACCAAGAUUUGGGGUUAGAUGCGGAGAAUUAUCCCCAGGUGCCGACUACUUGGGAUGACCUUUCCUAACUCUGCGCUGGAGAAUCGCCGGUAAGCUCGUGUACUAUUAGGAUGCAACGAAUGUAUUGAUAUACUACUAUACAUGUAUGUGAUAAUAUCUGACUGCUGUUUAAUAAAGGCCUUUCCUUAUUUUAUAUCGGAUACUUUGUUCUCAGCCGAAGUUUAUUGUCAUACUUCGCA